CUAUACUUUAAUUAAUCAUUCUGUUCAGAAGUACCACAGUAAAAUGUUCUCCAAAAUCGUGACUUUGUGCGCUAUUGUGGCGGUGUCCCAGGCGGGACUCCUGCCAGCAGCCGUGCACUACUCAUCUGCGGCAGCCGUCUCCUCCCAGAGCAUUGUGCGUCACGACCAGCCUGCUCUUGCCACCAAGCUGGUUGCCGCUGCGCCCGUCGCCAAGCUGGCCGUCGCUGCCCCUGCUGUGUACCACGCUGCCCCCGCAGUGUACCACUCUGCCCCCGCAGUGUACCACUCUGCCCCUGCCCCCGCAGUAUACCACUCUGCCCCAGCUCCCGCCGUGUAUCACGCCGCCCCUGUCCACUACGCAGCCCCCGUCGCUAAAGUGCUCGCUCAGCCUGAGGAAAUCGCGUACCCUAAAUACGACUUCACAUACUCCGUCGCUGACGGCCACACCGGAGACAACAAGUCCCAGCAAGAAUCCCGCGACGGCGAUGUUGUUAAGGGCUCGUACUCGUUCCACGAGGCCGAUGGCUCCAUCAGAACUGUGGAGUACUCCGCUGACGACCACAGCGGCUUCAACGCGGUCGUGCACAACACCGCUCCCACAGCCGCACCCGCCAUCAUCAAGACCCCAGUCUACACCGCCCAUGCUCCCGCCUACUACCAUUACAAAAUGUUCUCCAAAAUCGUGACUUUGUGCGCUAUUGUGGCGGUGUCCCAGGCGGGACUCCUGCCGGCAGCCGUGCACUACUCACCCGCAGCAGCCGUCUCCUCCCAGAGCAUUGUGCGUCACGACCAGCCCGCUCUUGCCACCAAGCUGAUAUCCGCAGCGCCUGUAGCCAAGCUGGCCGUCGCUGCACCUGCAGUGUACCACGCUGCCCCCGCAGUGUACCACUCUGCCCCUGCCCCCGCAGUGUACCACUCUGCCCCAGCUCCCGCCGUGUAUCACGCCGCCCCUGUCCACUACGCAGCCCCCGUCGCUAAAGUGCUUGCUCAGCCUGAGGAAAUCGCGUACCCCAAAUACGACUUCACCUACUCCGUCGCUGACGGCCACACCGGAGACAACAAGUCCCAGCAGGAAUCCCGUGAUGGCGAUGUUGUGAAGGGCUCAUACUCGUUCCACGAGGCCGAUGGCUCCAUUAGAACUGUGGAGUACUCCGCUGAUGACCACAGUGGCUUCAACGCGGUCGUGCACAACACCGCUCCCACAGCCGCACCCGCCAUCAUCAAGACCCCAGUCUACACAGCCCAUGCUCCCGCCUACUACCAUUAAAACCACAAAUUAUUGUUAAAGAAGACUUGCAAAUGUUAGUUUACUAGUUAUUUAUUGUAAUAUACGAAAAAAGUUCUUUGCAAAA